CUAUACAGCCAGUACCAGUCGAUCUUACAGCUAUACAGCCAGUACCAGUCGAUCUUACAGCUAUAAAGCCAGUACCAGUCGAUCUUACAGCUAUAAAGCCAGUACCAGUCGAUCUUACAGCUAUAAAGCCAGUACCAGUCGAUCUUACAGCUAUAAAGCCAGUACCAGUCGAUCUUACAGCUAUAAAGCCAGUACCAGUCGAUCUUACAGCUAUAAAGCCAGUACCAGUCGAUCUUACAGCUAUAAAGCCAGUACCAGUCGAUCUUACAGCUAUAAAGCCAGUACCAGUCGAUCUUACAGCUAUAAAGCCAGUACCAGUCGAUCUUACAGCUAUAAAGCCAGUACCAGUCGAUCUUACAGCUAUAAAGCCAGUACCAGUCGAUCUUACAGCUAUAAAGCCAGUACCAGUCGAUCUUACAGCUAUAAAGCCAGUACCAGUCGAUCUUACAGCUAUAAAGCCAGUACCAGUCGAUCUUACAGCUAUAAAGCCAGUACCAGUCGAUCUUACAGCUAUAAAGCCAGUACCAGUCGAUCUUACAGCUAUAAAGCCAGUACCAGUCGAUCUUACAGCUAUAAAGCCAGUACCAGUCGAUCUUACAGCUAUAAAGCCAGUACCAGUCGAUCUUACAGCUAUAAAGCCAGUACCAGUCGAUCUUACAGCUAUAAAGCCAGUACCAGUCGAUCUUACAGCUAUAAAGCCAGUACCAGUCGAUCUUACAGCUAUAAAGCCAGUACCAGUCGAUCUUACAGCUAUAAAGCCAGUACCAGUCGAUCUUACAGCUAUAAAGCCAGUACCAGUCGAUCUUACAGCUAUAAAGCCAGUACCAGUCGAUCUUACAGCUAUAAAGCCAGUACCAGUCGAUCUUACAGCUAUAAAGCCAGUACCAGUCGAUCUUACAGCUAUAAAGCCAGUACCAGUCGAUCUUACAGCUAUAAAGCCAGUACCAGUCGAUCUUACAGCUAUAAAGCCAGUACCAGUCGAUCUUACAGCUAUACAGCCAGUACCAGUCGAUCUUACAGCUAUAAAGCCAGUACCAGUCGAUCUUACAGCUAUAAAGCCAGUACCAGUCGAUCUUACAGCUAUAAAGCCAGUACCAGUCGAUCUUACAGCUAUAAAGCCAGUACCAGUCGAUCUUACAGCUAUAAAGCCAGUACCAGUCGAUCUUACAGCUAUAAAGCCAGUACCAGUCGAUCUUACAGCUAUAAAGCCAGUACCAGUCGAUCUUACAGCUAUAAAGCCAGUACCAGUCGAUCUUACAGCUAUAAAGCCAGUACCAGUCGAUCUUACAGCUAUAAAGCCAGUACCAGUCGAUCUUACAGCUAUAAAGCCAGUACCAGUCGAUCUUACAGCUAUAAAGCCAGUACCAGUCGAUCUUACAGCUAUAAAGCCAGUACCAGUCGAUCUUACAGCUAUAAAGCCAGUACCAGUCGAUCUUACAGCUAUAAAGCCAGUACCAGUCGAUCUUACAGCUAUAAAGCCAGUACCAGUCGAUCUUACAGCUAUAAAGCCAGUACCAGUCGAUCUUACAGCUAUACAGCCAGUACCAGUCGAUCUUACAGCUAUAAAGCCAGUACCAGUCGAUCUUACAGCUAUAAAGCCAGUACCAGUCGAUCUUACAGCUAUAAAGCCAGUACCAGUCGAUCUUACAGCUAUAAAGCCAGUACCAGUCGAUCUUACAGCUAUAAAGCCAGUACCAUUCAAUCUUACAGCUAUACAGCCAGUACCAGUCGAUGUUACCGCCUAA